UACUAUCGCAUUCGCGGCCCCAAAACGGUCCAAAAAAAAAAAACGGUUCGAUCGCGCGACCAUCGACCAGUUCAGCUUUUUGCUUCAACGCCGCCGCCACCGCCGCUCGAAAAAGUGAAAGUAUUUGCAUCGAAAGAGGAAAAGAUUCGUGGACUUUGUGAAGAGAGGCGGAGGCAGACACAAAAAAAUAGCGAAACGAAAAUCGGGAAGAGUGCUCUAACGAGGCCGCGGAAAUCACUGCUAAAAGGUCAAUUUCAAUUCGCGUUAGCUUAGUUAGUAAUUAGUUUAGUAGUACAGUACGCCCGUGCAAUUCAUACAUAAAUACAAAUAUAUGUGACCGAAAUCUGUGUGUUGAGUGUGCGAGAGAGCGAGAUAGCGACAGCAAGACCAACAUGGGCACAACAAAGGAGCGAAGAGAGCAGAACGAGGGCGACGCCGCCACCACCCACUCAACAGAAGCAACAACAACAACAGCAGCAACAUCAGCAGUAGCAGCAGGAGCGGGUGCUACUACUACAACAACCACGACGAAUGCCGCCAAAAAGAUUCGCCGCGCCUUCUCCAUGCCACGCAAUCCCUUCCGUUGGUCGCGUAAAUUCAAAACGGCAGCGGCCUUUACGUCGUCCUCGGGAAAUGCGGAAAAGGAUAACGGAAGCGGUGGCAAGGAUAACGGAGGAGGAGAACGGCGUGGCAGCCACACGGCCAUCUCGUCGUGCGUGGGUGGGGGGCGUGGCAGGAGCGGCAGCAUUGUAUCGCUUAGCAGCUACGAGGCUCCCAUUACGACCACGAACAGCAACAACAACAAUAUGGCCAACAACAACAUUACCACCGCCAGCAAUGGAAACCACAACAACAGCAAUAACAACAAGCGAACACGUGCCCUGCGCCGUUCGUCCUUCAGGAAGUUUCUCAACCGGAUCGCCCAGCACCUGAGCUCAACGGUAAAUGUCGUGGCUAACAAACAUGGUCAGCAAUCGGCCACGGGAUCUUCGGGGAUCGGCGGAGGAGGAGGACCAAGUGGCGGGGAACGAGUGCCCCCGAUCGGAGGCUAUCAAUGGCCAGCGGACCAGACCCCGGGCGUAAUGGGACUGAAGAACCACGGCAACACGUGCUUUAUGAACGCCGUGUUGCAGUGCCUCAGCCAUACGGACAUUCUAGCCGAGUACUUUGUGCUGGAUCAGUACAAGGCUGACCUGAAGAGACGCAACAAGAUCAACUCGCGUAAGUUCGGUACCAAGGGUGAGCUCACCGAGCAGCUGGCCAACGUGCUGAAGGCUUUGUGGACCUGCAAGAACGAGAGUGACCAUAGCACCAGCUUCAAGGCAGUAGUGGAUCGGUACGGCACGCAGUUCCGCAGCUCCACCCAGCACGACGCCCAGGAGUUCCUCUUUUGGCUGCUGGACAAAGUGCACGAAGAUCUGAAUACGGCCAGUAAGCGGAGAUACAAGAGUCUCAAGAACUCAUACGGCCGCUCGGACGAGGUGAUCGCCGCAGAGACGCUGGCGAACCACAUCAGGUGCAACAAUAGCUUCGUCCAGGCCGUGUUCCAGGCCCAGUUCCGUUCCUCGCUCACCUGCCCGCGUUGCGAGAAACAGUCCAACACCUUCGACCCCUUCCACUGCAUCUCCGUGCAGCUGCCUCAGCUCACUCAGCAGACAAUCUUCGUCACGGUAGUCUACAUGAAGCAACUUCCACGCCAGGUGCGAAUGGGCCUUCGAGUGCCGGCAGGGUCGCCGAUAGUGGCCCUUCGCGAACAGCUUCAAACAGACACUGGCAUCGAGGGAUCCCGCAUGGUGUUAGUGGACUUAAAUGCCGAGGGAUUCUCUCGCGUCUUUUACGACACACAGCCCGUGGAGACAUUAGCUAGUAUUGAUACGAUUUACUGCAUAGAGGUGCCGGAAGCAACUCCUGCUCCCAAGGCUGUUAUUGCGACCGAGUUGGGGGACAAGCACGCUUCCACAGCAGCCCCUGCUCCUUCUGCUGCGGCAGCUCAAUCGCAGGCUGACCUGCUGCUCCUAGUUGCCAACGUUUACCGAGCUAAGGAUGGCAAGGACAUAAGCCGAUUCGGAGCUCCUUUCAGCAUGAAGGCACCUCGCGACUGCACCUACCAGGAUUUGCAGAAACGUAUGCUGCGCGAGAUGGCGCCGCUGCUUAAGCCAGAAGUCUUUUCGUAUGCCACACCGCUUACCGAGAUGUUCCGGAUUCGCCUGCAAGACCCCUCUGCUGACCCGGAUACCUACCUGGAGCAAGUGGAGCACCCGCUGCUUACCGAAAUGAUCGACCUGGCGCUUUCUGUGCUGUCCUCAGAAGCAGGGCCCCAGCACAUUAAGCUCCUGCUGGAGUGGAGUUCGCCCGAGACACACUUCAUCAGUAAACAGCAAGAAUCAGAAGAGGUCGUUGUGGAGCACGAGAGCGUGGCGCGCCUCAGUGCCAGUAAGCCGAGCGACACCGCCUCACUAACCUUGGAGCAGUGCCUGGAGCACUACACUAAGGCGGAAACGCUGAGUGCCGAAGAUGCUUGGCGCUGUCCACACUGCCAGCAAUACCUUCCCGUCGUUAAGACUCUAGGCCUCUGGUCACUGCCGGACAUUCUCGUGGUGCACUUUAAGCGCUUUCGGCAACAUCAGUCUAAAGGGCCGCAGGCGGCCAAACUAACCACAAUGGUAAAGUUUCCGCUGAACGCCUUUGACAUGUCGCCGCACCUGGCACGCGGAGUCCACGAGAGCGCAAGCAGCUCGCUGGGAAUGGGAACGGGAAUAGGACUUGGACUUGGUCUGGGUUCAAAUCCAUGGAAGAAAGUUCGCUCCGGCGAUUCGCGCUCAUCCACGCUUAACUCACGCUGCGACCCAAAGGACACGCGCUACGAUCUGUACGCAGUGUGCUAUCAUCAAGGAGAUACUUUGGAGACUGGCCACUACACAGCCGCCUGCAAGAAUCCGUACGAUCGUCAGUGGUAUAAGUUUGAUGACCAGCGCGUGAGCAAGGUGCCCGAGGACGACAUCGAGCAGGAUAUCAUCAAUAAUGAGGCGUACAUGCUAUUCUACCAGCGGCGCAGUGUGGAUGCUGGCGAGUGUUCAGGAUCCAGUUCAAAUUCUGGGGACCACUGGGUAUCUCGAAUCGCCCCAGCCCCUUCAUCGUCGGCUUCCUCGACAUCUGGGAAAGAUAAAGAGCCAGUUAAAUUGGAGGGCUCGAAUGACAACACCACUGAAACUCCGACGGCAGCGGUGGCAGAGAAGGCUCAGUCCAAGCCAGUGGACAUACCCCAAAUAUGCCAAGAAAGGGCGGAAGUUAACGUAGAACCAACGGAUGGUGUUCAGGAAAAAACAUCAGUACCACAUGAGCUGAAUAUUGAGGAACUGGCUUAUGCCGAUGCAGAUGUGGAUACCAGUUUAAGUGAGACUAGCAAGACGGAGGCAACUCAAGAAGUCAAGGAAGAGGCGCAGAAGAUGGAUGUGGAAGAAGCAACGCCGAUAUUUACCAUGGAUGAAGAUUGCGCCGACCUUGGGCAGAAGAAGGAGGACGAGCCUGUAAAGAACGAAGGCGAUCUUUUCGAAGCCCACCAAACGAGCGAACCAACCUCCGAAGUCAAGACCAAUGGUCAUGUGAGCUCUCCGUCUAGCUCUUCCUCCUCAGAAAGCUCGCUUUCUUCACGCUCCUCGCCAAGAUCGCUAAGUACGUCAGUGACGGCUGCUUCUACUCUGCACAGCAAGUUUAACGGCCACAAAAACGCGGCUCCGGCUCUGUUCAAUGGGAAUACACCGCAGCUUUCGUCCAGCUUGCAGUUAUCCAGGCAGGUUCUGCAAAACCACAAUUGGCAUGGAUCCAGAAGCAGCGUGUCAGCGGUGGAAAAUCAUCAACAGCAGCAGGCGGCAACGGCGGCCAGUCUAAGCUUGCGGCACUCGUUCUCCACAAGUUCCAAUUACACGGAGACACUGUCUUCGUUGCUACGCAAGUCUGCCAACACGUGCAGCAAGGACACCUUGCUGUUCAUUGACCAGCAGAGUCACCACCAUACAGCUGGACUGAUCGAAGAUGACGAUGAUUCAUACAUGGGCCGGUCCCUAUGGAUAUCCCCCGUGACGCCACACAAACUCAUCACUGUUUCGCCCAAGAAUUAGAGGCGACAUGGUGAUCCAUCGGAGCAUAGACACAAACAGAAAUGGAAACCGAAAGUGAAAACGAAACCGAAAUGAGAACAUACACAAACGCACUAUAGCCAUAAGCCUAAAGUUUACUUUAUAUGAUAUUUCUGAACCGGAGCUACCGAGCGAUAAGCGAAAAGCAUUAUGAAGAUGUUAUACAACUUUGUUUACUUUAAGAUAUGUACUCAUAUAUACGAUAGUUGCAAUAUUGCAUUAAGUUUGAAAGUUGGAUGAAACUUGAAUAGAAUCCGUAAGCCUUAGAUUACUUAUUCGAUAGCAAUUCGAAGCCAAUGACGAGGAUUAGUUUUCUUUAUAAUUUACCGAAUUGACAUUGAUUUGUUUUUCAAACCUAACGACUACCGAUAUUUAUUUAGCCAAACAUUGAAGUACAAUUUGAUUUAUUUAUUUCCCCAUUUCACCCGGUUACCUUCUUGUAUAGUUCUCUAUCAGUUCAGACGUAACGAUGAAGUGCUUGGCAUAUCUAAGUUUAGCUUUUUGUACACGAAACCAAGUUUCAAACUACAAUCUACGAGCGUAGUAAUAAAUCUAAGGACAUGUAUUCUCUUUAAUUACUAUUACUUUGAUAUCUAUAUUAAUAUAUUUGCUUGUAUCUUUUCCACACCCACAUACAAUUCUGGCACAACUGCAUGAUACUUUCGAUUCGAUGUCGGGCUAGGACUUGUGCGGCGUUUAUAGUGCAGAUCUAUAUACAAACAUAUAUAUUACUUUAUGAAUAAUGUAUUCUACAUGUAGAAGAAAGCAUUACACCAAAACAUUAUAUUGAUAACAAAUGUUUAAGGACUCUACCACACUGUUUUCUGGUGAGAAAUAACUUUAUUACGGUGUAAAAUGUUCAUUGUAUUCAUAAAUAAACGUAAAGUUGUUGAAUAUGAA